AUGUGUGGCACCGGAGAGAGGUACAGAGUUAGUGGACGUCGCUGGCAGAGCUGCAGUAGGCGGUGGGGAGUGUCCCCUACUUUGGAGGGGCGCUGGGUCCCUGCGGAGACGGCCUCGUACACGAGGCGGGCCCGGCGCACAGCGGGCAGGGGGCGCUGCGGCGGGCACAGGCGUGCGGGUUGCCAUGGCGACGGCGCCGCGCGCUGGCCCCCUCCCUCGCUCCAGCCUCGGGAGGCGAGGGGCAGCGGGCUGCAGGCUGCAGAGCGGGGCAGGCAGCAGCGCUGCGCGGGAGCCCGACCCCUGCCGGGCUCACUCUGGGCCCUGAGCGGGAGCGGGACCCUGCGGGCGCACGCCCCCUGCCCGCUUCCUCCCGGCCCCGGACUCGAUCCGCUGAGCUCAGAGGUAGGGGCGCGGGCAGGCCGACCAACCCAGCGCCCGGAGACUUCCCCCCUGCCCUGCCAGGUCCGAGGGGCCCGCUGUGCCCUCUCCCCAGAGCCGGCAGGAGUGGGCAGCAUGGAGGGGGAGCCCGCCCAGCCUCCCAACAGCAGCUGGCCCCCAAGUCAGAAUGGGAGUAAUGCCAAGGCCACCCUGGCUGCAAACCUCACCUUCUCCUCCUACUACCAGCACUCCUCACCGGUGGCAGCUAUGUUCAUUGUGGCCUAUGUGCUCAUCUUCCUCCUGUGCAUGGUGGGCAACGCCCUGGUCUGCUUCAUCGUGCUCACGAACCGGCACAUGCGCACCGUCACCAACAUGUUCAUCCUCAACCUGGCUGUCAGCGACCUGCUGGUGGGCAUCUUCUGUAUGCCCACCACUCUCGUGGACAACCUCAUCACUGGGUGGCCCUUUGACAACGCCACGUGCAAGAUGAGCGGCUUGGUGCAGGGCAUGUCCGUGUCGGCUUCCGUGUUCACGCUGGUGGCCAUUGCUGUGGAAAGGUUCCGCUGCAUCGUGCACCCUUUCCGCGAGAAGCUGACCCUGCGCAAGGCGCUGGUCACCAUCGCGGUCAUCUGGGCCCUGGCCCUGCUCAUCAUGUGCCCCUCGGCCAUCACGCUGACCGUCACGCGCGAGGAGCACCACUUCAUGGUGGACGCCCGCAACCGCUCCUACCCGCUCUACUCGUGCUGGGAGGCCUGGCCCGAGAAGGGCAUGCGCAGGGUCUACACCACCGUGCUCUUCUCGCACAUCUACCUGGCGCCCCUGGCGCUCAUCGUGCUCAUGUACGCGCGCAUCGCCCGCAAGCUCUGCAAGGCCUCGGGGCCCGCGCGGGCCGGCGGGGAGGCGGCGGUGCCCGAGGGCCGCCCGGGGGCCCGGCGCAGGGCCAGGGUGGUGCACAUGCUGGUCAUGGUGGCGCUGGUCUUCACGCUGUCCUGGCUGCCGCUCUGGGCCCUGCUGCUGCUCAUCGACUACGGCCAGCUGAGCGAGCCGCAGCUGCACCUGGUCACCGUCUACGCCUUCCCCUUCGCCCACUGGCUGGCCUUCUUCAACAGCAGCGCCAACCCCAUCAUCUACGGCUACUUCAACGAGAACUUCCGCCGCGGCUUCCAGGCCGCCUUCCGCGCCCGCCUCUGCCCGCCGCAGUGGGCGAGCCCCAGGGAGGCCUACUCGGAGCGGCCCGGCGGGCUCCUGCGCGCGCCGGUCUCCGUGGAGGUGCAGCCCAGCGACUCGGGCCUGCCCUCCGAGUCCGGCCGGGGCAGCGGGACGCCCCGGCCCGGCCGCCUCCCGCUGCGCGGUGGCCGGGUGGCCCACCACGGCUUGGCCCAAGCCGGGGAGCGUCCCGGCUGCCCCCACCUGCCCCUCACCAUACCAGCGUGGGAUAUCUGAGUGGCAUGGGGAGGGGCGGGCCCUUGAACCUGGGGGCCCCGACGGGACAUGGGAGGCCAGGACGGGACCGCAAUCGGGUGUGGAGUCGGGAGACCGUGCCUCGCGCCUCGCUCUCACAUACAAGGCGGUGGCAGCUAGCGGUACCUCCUCUACUGCCUUCCCCCUGGCGGGGCGGGAGCUAAAGUUCCACCGCACCCUUCCUUGCGGCGGCUCCGCGCACACCCGGCUCCCCGAAUCCUCGCGAGACUUUGGGACUAGGUUUUCUGGUCUCCGCUUCUCCAGAUGCGAAACUGAGGACCAGAGAGGAGGCGUGCCUAGCCGGGGGCUCUCAGCUGGAACUCUCACAGGAGCCCCCACUCCAGCGCCUGUAUGGGCAUCUCCAGCUGCCUCCAGAAGGGCCCCUGAAGACAGGGCACAGUGAAAUGGGUACAUCCUACUUACGCAGCUGGGAAGGAUGGGAAAGCGAAGUUGCUCUGUCCAUUCGAUGCUUUGUGUCCAUGUCCUGGAGUCCCUUAUGUAUGACGGAAGCCACUCAGCCUCACCCUUUCCAGGAGAACCUGCUGUGCCCCUCCUGGCAACUCUGUGUAGGUUUGUCUUGUUUGUUCCAAGAGGUGUUCCGGGCCCUUCUCUUCUCCCCACAGUGCUUCAAGGGGACAUCGCCUCUGGGCAGCUGCAGAAGGAGUGUCAGUUGCAGACACUCUGGGUCUUGCCCUUCGGGGUCCUCACCCAGAGAAAACAGGAGGGCUCUCCACCAUCACCCAGGCAAGAACUUACAAGGCGACAGGCAGCUGCAAGGCCACAGGGAGGCCUUGGUUUAUUUAUUCGUGGAUCGGAGGAAGGGAGAGCACCGGACCUACUUGCAGCUUUUGCAAAGACAUCAGCCCACCGGAGCUGCGAGCACAAAGCCCUCGCAGGGCCCUGCUUCUCUGUUUCCUCGGGGCUCUGAAGGGAGAUAGGUCCAUCAAAGCUGGGGUGGCCUUUGGGGCCUCCUGGAGGACACACACUAACCCCCCUGGCACAGAUAACUUGUCCUCUGAAAAGGGGUGGGGGCCAGGAGGCCCCCUUGUCUUCUCUGCAGCUCUCACCAGUACACCUGCAUCGCCUCGAAGAAACGAGGUUUCUCGUCCAGGAGAUGGGAGGAAAUGGGGUCGCCUCGGUGAUCUCUGCAUGGCCCCCCAUAAUCCGAAGCGAACUGGGCAUUUCCCCCCUCAUCUCUAUAGAAAACACCAUGUUGCUAGAAUUUUAGUGCAGAGCAAGCGAAUGUUUCCGGGGGUCAGGCCAGAGGAGGCAGCUCGGAGGCUUGAUGGCUUCAGUAAUGGACAAUGACUUAACCCCGUUAACUCCGCCCUAAGCGCUGGACGUCACAGCGGCAGAAAGCUCCAAAGCAGUUGUCCAGUACAUUCUCUAGGCUUGUCCCCUGACAGUGUCUCAUUUGACCCGUGCCAGAUGUUGUUGCUGCCGUUUCACAAAGUAACUGUGGCUGCAGGGGGCCGAGGUCACAGGCCACGGAGCGGCAGGAUGGGGAUUGGAAUUUGCCUUCUGGUGGUUUCUGCCCCUGCUGCAUUCUGCCUCUCAGGGAACGUGGGUGGGGCGAAAUGGGGAGGAGACCCGAAGUUUCUACAGAGGUUUUCUGCCUGACGGUGAACCAGGACGCUCGUGGAGCCAGACUCCCUUCAGGCUGCCUUGUGUCUACUCUUGCAAUAUCCAGACCGAGCUGCUCUGUGCACAAUAGCCGUAACCCACAAGCUGAGCAGGCUGCCAAGAUCCAUCAUGACCCCACCCAGGUCCAGGUAUCUGGGGGGUGAUGAAUGCAGGGCUUAAGAGAGGACUCCCUAACUAGUCCCUCGUUAACUAGCGCACGUAUGGGCCCCAUGUCUGGUGCUUGGUGUUGUCACAUAGGCCAGCGAGUUCCCAGCUGCUUCUUGUGAAGAACUCUGUCUCCAGGCUCUACAAGUUGCCCAGAGAAAGGGCCAUCUCAGACCCCAAUGCUUCUCCCUGUGGCUGGGUGGGAUCUGUCCAGAGACACUGUCUGGUCUCUCCUCUGGGGUGUUUCUCCGUUCGCAUGGCCUCCCCAACCACAGAAUCACAGCCUUUACAGCCGGGGGAGAUCAGAGCGCUCACCCCAGCCGACCUUUCCACCAAGGCCCCUUUGUUUUAGUUCCCCCCAAAGACGCCAUGCUUGGAGAGCUGGGCCUGCCAGAGAAACCACAGUAGGCAUAAUUCAUAUAUUUUGAUGUUAUUUUCCUCUCUAAAAAUCAGUCCAAGGCGAUGCCAGCCCAUUCAGAGAUUGGAUCUGAAUGGCAACAAGCAUGCCUUUAUGCUUUCAUGAGGGGGUGAGGCCUUGUGGGUAUGUGUGGAAUGUUUGCUUUUUGUGUCUGUGGUAGAAUAUACACAACAUAAAACUUACCAUUGUUCACUUUUGUAAGGGUACAGUUCAGUGGCCGUAAGUGCGUUCGCACUGGCGUGUAACUGUCACCACUGUGGAUUUCCAGAGCUUUCUUAACAUCCCAAACUGUAACUCCGUACCCAUUGAAUGACAACUCCCCAUCUCCUCCCAGCUUCUGGUAACCACCAUUCUACAUCGGUGUCAAUCAGUGAAUCUGACGACUCCGGGUACCUCAUGCAAGGGGAAUCAAACAGUAUUUGUACUUUUGUGUCUGACUUACUUCACUGAGCGUAAUGUCCUCAGGGGUUAUCUUUGUUGUAGCAUAUGUCAGAAUUCCCUUCCCUUCUCUUCCCUUCCCUUUCCUUCCCCUCCCCUCCCCUUUUAUGAGAUUGAGAGAGAGAGAGAGAGA